CUAAAAAAACCACCGAGAAGAAGAACCAGAAAACACGAAGACGUCCUGUAGUACGAGAGCAGAAAAAUGUGCCUAUUUUUUUUUUUAAAGGAUUCUGCACGAAAACAGUUGUGACAAGUUUGCUACAUGGGUAAUAGUCGCCGCUUUUUCAUUAUUAGCUGUAAGAAAAGACAAAUUCGUUUAAAACCAGGGUAAAGAGUGGCUUGUUAAACUGCAGCAGGGACUUAAUCUGUUUCUGUGUUAAUUGUAAUGUUUAGUGGAUUAACUUGAUCAAAGAAGCUCUUUUGGUCAGCCAUGCCUUCAAAGACCCGGGCUCCCAGACUGGGAUCGGAGAUCGGGACCACAAAAUACAGACUAUUACAUGCGGGGGAUGGAGUAAGAUGUUGAAACAGGACUACACACACACACACACACACACACAGCCUGUUAUCGAGUCUGCUGCAGGUCAGAGCCAGCGCACUCCUCAACUUCCUGUGUGGAUUUUCCUCCUACAUGCUGCACAAGUCGGCUUGUACACGUAGCUGUGCUGACAUACCGAUAAGACACUACAGACAGUCUGUAUCUCUGAAGUCAUGUCCCGGUCCAAUCGACGGUACAAGCCUUUGCAGCAGAGCAGCAACAGCGGCUCUUUACCCGGCUGUGACGGGCUGCGGAUGCCCAGAGCCCGGGUACUGCUGGUCUGUCUCCUCGGUGCCCUGGUACUGGCGGGGGUGCUGGGAAUCUACCUGUCCAACGACACCUCCACCAGUGGACAGGUGAACGGCAUAGCAGCAGCAGAUCUGACCAAAGACAGGUUGUCCCACAAACCCAGUAAGUGCUCUCCAGCCCAAAUCCGCCGCCUGGCCUCUCAGGUAGACGGUACUCGCCUGUGGGAGAAUCACCUGAAGCCAAUCCUCAUCGAGAGGCUCCCGGGGACACAAGGCAGCCUGGCCGUGCAGCAGCACAUCACCUCCACGCUGGCCUCGCUGUCUGCCGGCUGGGCCAUAGACCUUGACUCUUUCCAGUCUGCAACGCCUCGCGGCCAGGUUGCGUUCACAAAUAUUGUCGCCACUCUGGAUCCCUCGGCUCCACGGAGGUUACUGUUGGCAUGCCACUACGACUCCAAGGCUCUGCCUCCGGACCCAAGGGCCCCUGAGAGGGUGUUUCUGGGAGCCAGUGACUCUGCGGUGCCGUGUGCUAUGAUCCUGGAGCUCGCCACCUCUCUGGAUGCCCAACUUAGAUCCUUUAAACAGCUGAAACUUCCAGUGACUCUUCAGCUGGCGUUUUUUGACGGGGAGGAGUCCUUUGAAGAAUGGACCGCCACGGACUCGCUGUAUGGCUCCCGUCACCUGGCAGAGCGCAUGGCCAACACGCCGCAUCCUGCAGGAAACACACACGCCACCAUGCUGCAGGCAGUGGACCUCUUUGUGCUGUUGGACCUGCUUGGUGGUCCUGAUCCACUUAUUGCAAAUCAUUUUGAUAACACGGCACGCUGGUUUGACCGGCUGAUUGCUGCAGAAAAGAGACUCCACCGUCAGGGGUUUCUAACGUCUCACCCCACAGAGCAGACGUAUUUUAGGAAGGAUGUUUACCUCGGCCCCGUACAGGACGACCACAUACCCUUCCUUCACAAAGAUGUCCCUGUGCUCCAUGUCAUCGCCACCCCCUUCCCACAGUUCUGGCAUACGCUGGACGACACAGAGGAGAACAUGCACCGGCCCACUGUGGUGAACCUGACCAAGAUCCUUGCUGUGUUUCUGGCAGAAUACCUGGGCUUCUGAACACCAAACACUGGCAACUUAUUGUGUUGAAGGUCCAUGUGUAAAUAUCACAGAAAGACCUCCACUUAUUACCCCAUACUGGAGUACUAUGGCUGUAAGUCACGCUGAUGACAAAUGAGUACAACAAAAAAAACACAACCUGAUUAAGACGUUAAUAAAGAAACAAGAACCUGGUGAUAUGACGUGAACUGUGCACUUCAGUAGAUAAAACAGCAACUUUACCAAAGACUGUGGCCCUGCUGGAUUUGCCUAUCACCGUGGUUACGCAUCAGGGCUGUGUUAAAGCCCCUGUCUAAAUGUAUGGGCUUAUGAUGUGUACAAGACAGUCAAGAGUAAAUCGUUUAUAGAGGUGGAGGAACAAUUAAUGAAGUUGAUUCUGUGAAUUUCAUUAUUUACUUAUUUCCUGUGAAAAAAAAUCCUAGCAUUUAUUUCCCUCCUGUGAAUAUGAAGCUCUAAUGUAUCUCAAAGACAGGCUUGGAGCUGCUGUGAACACUGUGCAUACAGUGAUAAAGGUCAAAACAUGGUACGCCACAUCUGUGAAAAAAAGAUUUUUGACCUGCUGUUAUUUCAUUCUAGCUUUAUUAUAUGGAUAUACUGUAUAAGAAAAAAAACUCCCAAAAUGGUAAUUUACAGCUUGCAAACAGUGUCAAAACAACUUCAAUAAAGUCAAAAUUGUUCAAUU